AUGCGAAGUCAUCCGAAUAAUGGUCCAGAGUUGAGAUGGGGCUAUGUCGAGUCUAGAUUAAUCACUGUACAACUUUCUAUUUUAGCGGUAAAGUUUGGGCGCAUGUCUAAGAAGCAGAGGGACCUUUUGCAACAAGAGGUGAGACGCAUGGAAGAACAAAGAAUGCUACCUACCUCUAUUGCCUGCAGUGCUGGUUCCCACGGAGACAAGACUGCUCUUCCUUCAUCUUCCGAGCUCCCAUCGCCCUUUGUAUCUGCCUCAUGGACCGGACAUGGCAAAUGGGACACUUCUUGCUCGGUUCGGCCAUGCCCGGUGCCUAGAACUCAUCCUCCAAUCCAGAGUCACCACCCGGAGAAGAUACAGACAGAGGCUGUGAGCCGGAAGUCCUGUUUCAGAGACCACCAGCCUUACCUAGAACAUUCGAGGCUGAACAUCUUUCAGAGACUCCCUCCCACUCUCCAGAGUCCGGAAUGUUAUGGGAGCCCAAACUUUUCCAGUUGUCUACUCUCAGAACGCCUGAUUUCUGCUGUAGAGCUAGACCUCCUCAUGCAGAAUGUCGUAGGUGCCUAUCGGGAAACGUGUAAGCUUCACCAGGAGAGUCUACAAGCGAUGAGGUGGGAAACAUUUACCCCGGCCGAGAUACAAAGUUUCCAGCAGAAGACCAUGGACCAGAUGUGGGAACGCUGUGUGUGCCAUAUCACCGAUGCCAUCCAGUAUAUCGUAGAGUUUGCCAAACGUCUUAGUGGCUUCAUGGAACUCAAUCCCAAUGACCAGAUCGUCCUUCUAAAAGCUGGGGCUAUGGAGCUGCUCCUUAUUAGAAUGAGCCGGGCCUUCAACUGCUACAACAGCACCAUCUACUUUGAAGGCAAAUAUGCUCCUCUGGAUCUUUUCCAAUCACUAGGCUGCAAUGACCUCAUUAGUGCCAUGUUUGACCUGUGUCAUUCUCUGUGCGCCCUGAAUCUAUCUGAACAUGAAAUGGCCUUCUUCAGCUCCAUGGUUCUCCUGGAUCCAAGCCAGCCCUGGCUACAAGAGAAAGAGAAGGUAGAGAGCCUCCACAUGAAACUAGAUUUGUCCUUCAGACAAUUGCUGAGAAGAACUCGGCGAGAAUCUAUUAUCUGCAAGCUGCCACAGAGAGGGAGGCUGCUCGGUAUCUGCCAGCUGCAUAUGGAGAAGCUGAAUAUUUUCCGGCAGAUGUAUCCCGGCAUCGCGUGGGAGAGAUUCCCCCCUCUCUACAAAGAGUUGUUUGUCUCCGACACAGAGAGCUCCUGAAAGACAAUGGAGACCUGGGGGUGCUCUCGGCUCCUGUAGCAACGCACCCAGUUGUACCCAUUGCGCUCUAUUCCCUGGGUUGCCCCAUUGCGCUCUAUUCCCUGGGUUGCCCCAUUGCGCUCUAUUCCCUGGGUUGCCCCAUUGCGCUCUAUUCCCUGGGUUGCCCCAUUGCUCUCUAUUCCCUGGGUUGCCCCAUUGCGCUCUAUUCCCUGGGUUGCCCCAUUGCGCUCUAAUACCUAGGUUGCCCCAUUGCGCUCUAUUCCCUGGGUUGCCCCAUUGCACUCUAUUAAUGCCGGAGAGACACACAAAGGAACCUUGAUGCUUGAUAUCCAAUGAAAGUGCACAACUGAAUAUAAACAGACCAAUCACAUGUAUAAUAGUCUCACUUAAAGGGGUGGGUUCACCUUUAGGCAACUUCUGACUCUUUGCAGCUUUCA